CUGGGUACUGGGGCGGCGCCUGCGCUCGACUGCGGGGAGCGCAGGGCUGCGGAGCGGAGCGUGCGGCACCAGCGCCAUGACCGCGGCGAUGCGGCAGCGGUUCGACCGCUUCCUACACGAGAAGAACUGCAUGAGUGCCGUGCUCGAGCGGAUCGAGAGCAAGACCGGUGUCAGCCGCACCUACAUCGCCAUCGGCAUUCUGGGGGUCGUGGCCGUGUACCUGGUGGUGGGAUACGGCGCAUCCCUGCUCUGCAACGUCAUCGGCUUCGCCUACCCCGCCUACGUCUCAAUCAAGGCCAUUGAAAGUCCCAACAAAGAUGAUGACACGCAGUGGCUGACUUACUGGGUUGUGUAUGGCAUUUUCAGCAUAGCUGAAUUCUUCUCUGACAUCUUUCUGUCCUGGUUCCCUUUCUACUACAUGCUAAAGUGUGGCUUCCUGCUGUGGUGCAUGUCUCCAAGCCCUUCAAAUGGGGCAGAGUUUCUCUACCACCGGAUUAUCCGUCCUUUCUUCCUGAAGCACGAGGUCCAGCUGGACAGUGUUGUGCAGGACCUGAAAGACAAGGCUGCAGAGACUGCAGACACCAUCGCUAAAGAGGCCAAGAAAGCAACAGUGAACUUGCUGGGUGAAGAAAAGAAGAGCACUUAAACUGGAUAAAUUUCUCUACUGCCUCCUUUGUGCAAUUUGAUGUUACUGGGUACUAUGGUAUAAGUUCAAUAAUACUGCCUUGGAAACAUUUUGAUAUACUAAAGGAAUGUGCUAUAAGUGUACUUACUACUUUGCUGUGAUUGAUAGAGAGUAUGCAUUUUUAUUUAAAAGCAAUGCAGUGGGCAGCAUCUGAAGCUUAAUGAAAAUAGCUUAUUCAUCUUCAUCCAGAAUAAGUCUUUCAGUAAUUUCUUUCUGUAGUAACAUUAAUAAAAUGUAUAUAUCCCUCAGGC